CUGUUGGCGCCAGACUUGUCGAGCUUGAAGGAGAGUGGUAUGUCUGCGGCUGAGUUUUGGGGGGGAUAAACAUCACCCUUUUGUUGUCAAUAUUUGUGUACCUUGUGAAACUGGACGGCUAUAAACCAGUCUGAACUAAGAUUGGACCUUUACCUUGCUGAAAGGGUUUGAAGUUAGUUAGUUUCAGGAUGAAUUGUGAACUUCUGGCAACGUGCAGCGCUCUCGGAUACCUGGAAGGAGACAUUUAUCACAAAGAAGCAGAUUGUUUAGAGAGUGUCAAAGACUUGAUCAGAUACUUACGCCAUGAAGAUGACACCCGUGAUGUCCGCCAGCAGCUGGGUGAAGGUCACAUUUUGGAGCAUGACCUUCUGCCUAUUAUCACUCAGCACGGGCAAGACAAAACCUUGUUUGAUGCAUGCAUAAGGCUCAUGGUCAAUCUAACACAACCCGCUCUGCUUUGCUUUGGCAAAGUACCCGACGACCCGGUGUUUAGACAUCACUUUCUGCAAGUGACAUCUCAUUUACAAGCUUAUAAAGAGGCAUUUUCUAGUGAGAAGGUGUUUGGUAUUUUAAGCGAGACGUUGUACAACCUGUUGCAACUGGAAUGGGAGCAGAGGGAAGAGGAAGACAAUCUUCUGAUUGAGAGAAUUCUGCUUCUGGUGCGGAAUGUGCUUCAUGUACCUGCAGAUACUUUGGAGGAGAAGAAAGUGGAUGACGACGCCAGUGUCCAUGACAGGCUGCUUUGGGCCAUCCACAUGAGCGGUUUUGAUGACCUGGUCAAGUUCUUGGCCUCAGCCCAGAGCGAGCAGCAGUGGAGUAUGCAUGUAUUGGAAAUCAUCUCUCUCAUGUUCAGAGACCAGACACCAGACACCUUGGUGAGUGCCGGGCAUGCUCGGUCUGCAGAGGAGAAGCAGAGAGACACUUCGGAGCUUGAGGGGCUGAGACAGAGGGAGCAGGCGGAGAAACGAUCUCGUACGCUGCAAAGAGGAACAAGACAUUCCCGCUUUGGAGGCUCUUUUGUUGUGAAAGGCCUCAAAGCAAUCGGAGACAAAGAUGUGAUUUAUCACAGAAAUGUUCACAAUUUCAAAAACUAUACUCAUGACAUGGGUAAAGCUGUGAGACGUGUUCCUCGGCGAAACAGACAAGCCCGGGAAUGCAUGGACAAAAGGCGCUCGGCUUUAAACGUUCGACUCUUCCUGCGAGAGUUUUGCGUGGACUUCUUGGAGAACUGCUACAAUCGUCUCAUGUACCUUGUCAAGGAAAGUCUGAUUCGAGAGCAGACCCAGCAGCAUGACGAGACCUACUAUUUAUGGGCGCUCAGCUUCUUCAUGGCGUUUAACCGUGGGAACAGUUUCCGUGCCGAUUUAGUUUCUGAGACCAUGUCCAGUCGCACGUUCCAUUUCAUCGAACGCAACGUCACAAACUACUAUGAGAUGAUGUUGACCGACCGAAAAGAAGCCACAUCCUGGUCUCGCAGGAUGCACCUGGCGCUGAAGGCCUAUCAGGAGCUGCUGCUCACUGUGAACGAGAUGGACCGGUCGCAGGAUGAAAGCAUUCGUCACAGUGCCGAUGUCAUCAAAAGUAACAUAUUCUACCUAAUGGAAUACAGGGAGAUAUUUCUGACCUUGCUACGGAAAUAUGACGAGACCAGACAGCCACAGUCCUACCUUAAAGACCUGGUGGAGUCGACGCAUCUGUUUCUACGUAUGUUGGAGCGCUUCUGCAAAGGACGCAAAAACUUGAUAGUGCAGAAAAAACGUGUGAGGCGGAAAAAGGCCAAAGGAGAUGAAAAUCAACCUGUUGUUGAAAGGAGCCCAGAAGCUCUGGCAGAAACCUGGAGGAUUGUGGAGGAAGAGCUGAAGGGAAUAAAUUUUCAGUUACCAGAGUCUUUAACUGAGCACAUCGUGCCUUUCGAUGCCACGUCUGAAACGCCGCUUGAGGACCAGCGGACUGAGGCCAUGGUGCGGGUGCAGGAUGCUCUACUGGCCCGAGUGGGACCGGAGGCUUUGGCUCUCCUACGGGCGGCCAGGGAGGUGUGGCCUGAGAAAGACAUCUUUGGCUCGGCUGAUGUUGAACCUGAAGAAGAACUGGAACUCCUCAAGCAGCUCUUGCAUGCAGAACUGCCAAGGCCAUCGCCACCUGAGACUCAAGUGGAAGAGGAUGAUUAUGACGCAAUUAUGGAAGAGGAAGAAGAACUGGAAGCGGUUCAGGUUUCGGAAACAGAGUUCAAAUUUCUGGACUUCAUCAAGAAGUUUGCUAACCCCAGCAUUGUGCGCCCAUACCUGCUCUUACUCAAAUCCUACUCCAAAAACACACCUCACACAAACCACUGCGUCGCUCGAAUGCUUCACCGCGUGGCAGUCGACCUCAAAAUGGACGCAUUGCUGUACCAGCUGUCAGUCUUCCAUCUCUUCAACAAAAUCCUGAGCGAUGCCGCCGCUUCCGCUUACAAGGAGCUGGUCACCUUUGCCAAGUUUGUGCUGAAGCGUUUCUUUUCACUGGCCGCAACCAACAACAAAGCCUACGUUGAAUUGCUGUUCUGGAAAAAUGUCGGAGCCGUGCGUGAGAUGACGGAAGGUUACAGCAAGGACGGAGCGGGGAAGAAGCCAGCAUGGACCGAAGAGGAAGAGCAGGAGUUGCGCACGCUAUAUGAAGAGCAUCGUCAUUCUGAAGUGCCAGACAUUGUGGAGACACUGUUGCCAUUGCUAAGCAACAACACACGCACACGGCGGCAGGUUGUCACACAGCUCGUGCAUAUGGGUCUGGCAGAGAGCGCUACAGAGCUGAAGAAACCCAAGAAAGGUACCGGGAUUGUUCUUUGGACAGAAGAGCAAGAACAUGAGUUGCAGAUGCUCUAUGAGGAAUACAAAGACUCUGAUGAUGUGCUCGGCAAUAUUCUGAAAAAGCUGACAUACAGGCGCUCCCGUGCACGCGUGGUGGAUAAGCUGCUCAGUAUGGGCCUGGUUUCCGAGCGACGAGAACUUCACAAAAGGAGGAGUCGUGGUGCUCGUCCGAAGAGUUCUGGCACAGAAAUGACGGAGGAGGAUUUCCUAGCUGGGCUCACACAAGACUUUCCAGAUGAUGAUCCGAACAGAGAGGAAGAAGAGUACGAGUCUCAAGAGAGUGAGACUGAUGAUGAGGUGGAGAUGGAAGAAACGCAGAAAGGCGACAGGAGGAACCAAAGCAUUGUGUCUAAAGGGGAGAGGAAAGCUGACGUAGGCGCCAUGGUGACCGAGCUGCAUCAGGGGGGCAUGUCGGAAGCCCUCGCAUGGUUGCAACGCUCUCUAAACCGAACUGCAAAAGACCGUAUAGCAGAUGGUUUCUCCCAGCCUGUGGCGCUUGUCCCUUUGACCGAGGCAACUGAAGAAGCCAUGGAGAACAAGAACUUCCAGAGACUGCUGCGUAAACUGGGGAUGAGAGGGCCUGCGAAUGAACAGGAGUUAUUUUGGAGAAUCCCAGCAAAGAUCAGCGCAUCUCAGCUCCAAGCUACAGCUGAAUCCCUUAGUCCGAAUCAUGAGGCGUCUCAAAGUGAGCUGAUCCUCGCGGAAGUUGGCGGUCCCACCGAAGAACCUCUGGAGGAGAAGGUCUCAAAUGAACAACGAGAUGAAGCUUUAAGAGCGCUGCAGCAUGCACGCAAAAGGAAACAGCAUACAGCAGCUCCUAAUAUGAAGUCAGCCACUACUGAGGAUAUUGACAGUUCAUUUGAGAGACGCAAAGAGAAGACUGCUAAAAGAAACAGAGUUAUGGACGACGGAGAUGAGGAUGAUGGCUCCACUACUAUGAUGGAUGUGGAUGCAAAUGGCCAUGCAGAUUCCGACAAGGAGGACAUCGCUGCUCCUGUGAAGCGUCGACGGAAGAUGGUGUUGAUCGAUGAAGAAGAGGAUGAUGAUUAGUAGUCAACCCUUAAGUAGUGCGUGCGCGUGAAUAAUUCCACAAAAAGUGCUUCUUCUUCUAGGCAUAGGUGAGUCUUAUGCAACAUUUUCCAGUUCUAAUAUUAUAAACUUUAGUUAUAAAGUUUGUUAUAAACACAUUUUUUUGUCUUUAUAAAUCUAAAUACACGGAAAUCAGCAUAACAAUUAGUAAAUCUGCUUUCUUUUUGUAUAAAAAAGUAUUUGUGUUUGUGUUUUUUUUUUUUUUUUUUGAAGAUAUGCAUCCUAUUGGUUAGGUCAGUGUAUUGCAUUACCGUAUUUGAACACUAGAUGGCACAAGAGCAGAUUUCUGCUGUUCAAAGCUUUAAAAGUGGUGCACUCUUUCUUACUUAAAGUAUUACAAUUAGAAAUAAAUAUAAAAAAAUGAUAAAGAGGCCAUUCAGCAACGCUUAUAUCACUUGCACGAAUAAUAAUGUUACUUAAUGUUGGUCACAAUAUUAAAAAAAACACCACAUUGAUAGGUUUAAGUGAUGUUAUUUGAUAUAUAAUGAGCUAUGGGCAGUGGAGCUCCAUCAAUGACCUGUUGGUGGCACUUGAGGGUUCCAAGAAAAAGUAGGCCACAACUAUCAGGUUCACAUACCGCAUCUUACAGACUGUAAAGGAUAUUAUAUUUCAAAAUAUAAGUGAAUGCUACAGAUCUCUUACAAAGCCUAAUAAUGAGCACAAUGGGAGAGACGCAAAAAUAAGACCUCUACUUGAUAUCCACCUGCAAAUGUCACAUUCCAUAUUAUCUUUCUUCAAAACAAAGAUGUUUUUUGUGUAUGUGACAGCCGUUGCUGCCUUUAGUCAUCCUUAUAUUCCAGCUGUGUGGGAGGUGGUAUCUGGUACUCACAUCUGGAGUAUGUUAGCAACUUCCUGUCACAGCAUCUGCUCUGCCCCCACCUCGCAAAAAGCUGGAAUCCAACCUGAUGUUCUGCAGAAAGAGCUGUGUUUGUGUGUGUGUGUACUUGUACAAUGGCGGGUGGAGCUGUGUCGUUAAAGUGCCUGAGCUUUUUGUCACUUAAUUGGCUGGAACAAAGAAUACAUAUGUGCCAGGAACUGUUAUUGUAUCUGUUAUACCAUCAGGAGGAACGGUUUUGUGUGACAAGAACAUAAAAAGUAACUCUGCAGGCUUUAUUGCAUACAUCUGAGUAACAGAUGCAUACUGGGUACUUACAUGUAUAAAUGUUCUG